AUGUUUGGGGCAACAGGUGGGUUGGGGAUGAAUCCCUCAAUGGAUGAUAUGAACUUAAUCCAGCAGGCACAGAGGCAUCAGCUUGUUGUAAGCAAUCUUGGUGAAGAGAUUGAUUUGGAAAUUGGACCUGGAGAGGAUGAAGCCGCUUUUGCUAGCAACUCACUGAUCGGUGGGCCUCCACGAGAGCCUUCCACUGGAGAACAUGACGAGACGAAGCAUAUGGUUUUGGUAUCUGACCUGCCCAGUGAGGAUCAGGAUAUGUCAAAGGGGACACCGGCGAAGAGGAAGAAGAAAGUUGUCAAACGGUGGAGAGAGGAAUGGGCUGACACGUACAAGUGGGCGUAUGUCGAUAUGAAGGAUGGAACGGCGAGGAUAUUCUGUUCUAUCUGCAGAGAGUAUGGCAGGAAACACCGGAGGAAUCCUUACGGAAAUGAAGGAAGUAGAAACAUGCAGAUGAGUGCAUUGGAGGAACACAACAAUAGUUUGCUACACAAGGAGGCUCUGCGUCUCCAAACAGCUUCCAAAGAUAAGAUUGUUGUUGACAAGCCCAUUUAUGUGAAGACUCUGAUGUCGAAGAGUGCUGGUUCAAUUGUUGAGGGUGCCCUGAAACGAGAUCCUAAUGAGAUUGAAUUUAUUCAGUCUGUACAAGAAUCCGUUCAUGCUCUAGAGCGGGUAAUUGCAAAAAAUUCUCAUUAUGUCAAUAUCAUGGAGCGGCUGUUAGAACCUGAACGUAUGAUAGUUUUCCGAGUUCCAUGGAUUGAUGACCGUGGUGAAACGCAUGUAAACCGUGGCUUUAGAGUUCAGUUCAAUCAAGCACUGGGUCCAUGUAGGGGAGGUAUCCGGUUUCAUCCAUCCAUGAACUUAAGCAUUGCUAAGUUUCUUGGCUUUCAGCAGACAUUGAAAAAUGCUUUGUCACCAUAUAAACUGGGAGGGGCUUCUGGUGGAAGCGACUUUGAUCCUAAAGGGAGAAGUGACAAUGAGAUUAUGAGAUUUUGCCAAAGUUUCAUGAAUGAGAUGUACAGAUACAUGGGUCCUGACAAAGAUCUUCCGUCAGAGGAGGUUGGUGUUGGUACUCGGGAAAUGGGAUAUCUUUUUGGACAAUACAGACGACUUGCUGGUCAGUUUCAGGGAAGUUUUACAGGACCACGUAUAUAUUGGGCUGCUUCUAGCCUCAGAACUGAAGCUAGUGGCUAUGGGGUGGUGUACUUUGCACGACUUAUGCUUGCAGACAUGAAUAAGGAAAUAAAGGGACUAAGAUGUGUUGUGAGUGGUUGUGGGAAGAUUGCUAUGCAUGUUGUAGAGAAGCUAAUAGCGUGUGGAGCCCAUCCGGUUACAGUUUCAGAUUCAAAAGGAUAUUUGGUGGACGAUGACGGAUUUGAUUAUAUGAAACUUGCGUUCUUGAGAGAUAUCAAAUCCCAACAGAGAAGUCUCAGAGACUAUUCCAAGACCUAUGCAAGGGCGAAAUACUUUGAUGAAGUAAAGCCGUGGAACGAAAGGUGUGAUGUGGCGUUUCCUUGUGCUUCUCAGAAUGAAGUUGAUCAAGCAGAUGCCAUUAAUCUGGUCAACGGAGGCUGCCGUUUACUGGUAGAAGGUUCAAACAUGCCGUGUACAGCUGAAGCAGUCGAUGUUUUCAGAAAGGCGAAUGUUCUGAUUGCUCCUGCCAUUGCUGCUGGAGCUGGAGGAGUUGCUGCUGGUGAAAUCGAAGUACUUCGUGAAUCUAAUUCAAUGCAAUGGUCAGCAGAAGAUUUCGAAUCCAGAUUACAGGAAGCACUGAAGCAAACUUAUGAGAAAGCUCUUAAAGCAGCAAAUGAUUUCGGUUAUCAGAAAGAAAGUCCUGAGGCACUUCUACACGGAGCAACAAUUUCGGCGUUUUUGAACAUAGCUCAAGCUAUGACGGACCAAGGUUGUGUUUAG